AUGCUUUGGUUGAAAGAAUUGUGUGAGAGGGUGAUCCUGGGUGUUGGGGGGGCUACGAGGGUCGGGGAAGUCUGCCGAGCGGAGGUGUCCUGUCGAGAUCGGGAGUUCGUGGUGUGGACCUUGGAGACUGUUGUUGACCGUAUUGCGAGGAGUGGUGAUGGUAUUGAGGAGAAUGUUCGCGGCCCGUGGGUGUCGGGGACGCUGCGGAGGCAGGUGGACGGUCAGGUGGAGAGUGCGAGGUUAUUGCUGAGUUGGGAAGAGGGUGUGUUUGCAUGCAAGAGGUUGUGGGUUCAGAUCCAUCGGAAGGAUGGGAAAUUAUUCCUCGAUGUUUAUAAGUAUGAACUCUCCUUGUCUACUCUAUUUGAAUGGCGUCGAGGAGAGAUCUCACUGGGCGAGGGUCUCGUCCUUAGAGUCAUGCCGGCCACUCCAGAGCUGGCACAAGUUGUUCAUACCGCUAUUCAAUGCAAUUCGAUCCAUCUAGGGAGGUACCUGUCGGGGUUGGUUGCUGACUGCCGCAGUGUUGAAGGGACACGGUGGUUGCUGAGCAGAUGGUAUCACGACUAUAUCACUGGAAACGGCGUCCACUUGGGCCUGUUCGACGGGUCGGGCACAUUCCUAGGAGUUUCCGAGGUCGAUCGUCGUCCGUUUCUCGAGGAUGUUGUUGGAGUAGUCGAGUAUUGGUUGACGAGAGACGCUUGUGGGAGGGGUUUGGCGCAGAGGAUAUUCCAGGCUAGUAUGAAGUACUCUGUGCAGGAGCUGGGAGUGACAUCGUUCUAUCUUGAUAUCCAUCCGGACAACAAGGCCUCCGCGGUGACUGCUGUGAGGUCUGGGGGACGGCAGAGGAAGUCUCGGAAGGAGCCGAGGGGGAGGGGGGGCGGCCGGUAUGCGGUGAUGAGCUCGCAGACUUUCGAUGUGUAUGAGGUCGGUGCAAGGCGGAUGGAACCGGUGUGUGGUAGCGUGGAGGGACGUAGGAGGGAAUGGAUGGGUGAAUGGACGGAGAAAAGGGUGGCGAUGGAGAAAAGGAAACUGGUGGAAUUGAAGGAUGAGGCCUUGCGUAUAGCGGGGGAACUCUCUAAGGUGAUUGUGAGUUUGUGUCGAGGCUUGGCCCCUCCACUGUCUUCGAGAUUAGAUGAUUCCAGCAUGAAAUGUUUGGAUUUGAGCCGCAUGACGUCUCCUGGUUCUCCCGACUACCUCGACUGUAUUGUUCAGGGCGAGCGCGACUUCGACAGCUACAAUGUGAGUCCCGAUGACGAUCGGUUGAGGAAGGCCAGAGAGUUCAUGCGGGAGCGAAAGGAGAUUGAGAGGAAGCGAGAGGAGCUGCUGAGUGUCGGCUGGUUGGAGCCAGUGGAGUAUGUUAUUAGAGGUGGCAGGUACAGCAGAGAAUCACCAGUGAUGAGGAGGCUAUUGGGAGGCUGA